UCUUUCUGGACCUGGUAUAACAGUUGUCGUACAAAUUAGCGACAUGUCCAAACAGUGCAUUAAUUUUUAUUGCCAAUCAAAAGAAAACGAAAAGCUCUAUGCCGCCCAACAAUCUGUAUGUAAUUAUUAUAAUGUUCGAUACAAGCCAUAUCGUAGGGUUUGUGCGGCCUGUAUAGAUAAAAGCAUACAGUAUUUAGACAGAAUUACUACACAGAUGAAAAACCAAGAAUGCAUAUUCAAUAACAGUUAUUCAAAAAAAUGUAUCAAUAUUAUGGAGUUAUCAGACUCUGAUGACUCUAAUUCCGUCAACAUUGCCGGGCCAUCAACAUCAAACCCAAAUUCCCAAAUAACCAAAUUGUUUAAAUCUAUACACGCAAUCUGCAACAAAUCUGUUAAACCGUUAGUAACUGUACAAAAGGAGAAAUGCAAAAACUAUUUUAUUUCUGAAAUAUCUAAUCUGAUUGCUGGAAGAGAUCGAGUAAACAAUGCAAUGCAAGAGUUAGAUAAUAGUCUCACAAAGUUAUAUAAUAAUUUAUACAAAUUAGAUAAACAACAGAAGUAUGUGUUUGAUGAAGAAAUAAGUAUUGUAGAAAAUUAUGAACCAGAGAUGAUUAUAGAUAAUGAUGUAGCCAUUUUAAUAACGAAACCGUUACCCGGACUGCCAGAAGAUUUACCAAAAGAAGGUAGACUAAGAAGGCGCUCACUAAAAAUGGGUGACAAAGUCUAUGGCAUAAAAUAUUCACUACAGCCUUGGCUUGAGGCAACUAUUAAAUCUGCAGUUAGUGAUACAUAUUUUAGUAUUAUAUUUGAUGACGGAAAAGAAAAAAUUUUAAAUAAUAAAAGCUUAGCAUACAUAAAUACUUUAAGAAAAACGCAGUAUCCAGUAGGUAGUAGAGUCAUCGCUAAAUUCCAAGAUAUGAACAUUCAAUUGUCAGAUAAAUUCUACGUGGGAGUAGUAGCAGAACCACCAAAAUAUAUCAAUAACUUCAGGUACAUGAUAUUCUUUGAUGAUGGAUAUGCACAGUAUGUGUACCAUAAGGAUAUUCGUCUUGUGUGUGGUGAGUCGGCAAAUAUGACUGAUGAUAUACAUGAGAAUAUUAGAGAAUUUGUCAAAGUGUAUUUACAAAAGUAUCCAGAACGCCCAAUGGUAAAGUUUAAUAAAAAACAAAUAGUGUUGACAAAUCUAAACAACCAAUGGUGUUUAGCAAAAGUGAUGAAUUUAGAUGCUUCAUUAGUUCAGUUAAAAUUCCUUGAUAUUAAGAAUAAGCAUACAAAGUGGAUGUAUCGAGGCUCAGAUAGACUAAGCCCAAUAAACAAUCAAAUGAAUAGUAAUAAUCAAGAUAAGCAUAUACGUGAUACAGGGUUGGUUGGUAUUAAUAAGAUAUUAAAUCGGCCUUAUAUUGAACUAGAAAACUUGAAUGAAAAUGAAAUAUUUAUUAAUAUUAGUGAUAAUGACACCGAAAAAGAUAGUAAUUUUGCCUCAUCAUUAGAUUCAACUCCAAAAACACAGAAACCUCAAGAAAAUAAUGGUGUUAUUAACAUUAUUGAAAUAUCGGCUAACUGUCCAAAACCACUUCCCUACAAAAACCAUCAGUGUUCUCAUUUAUGUAUGUUAUGGGUUAACUAUGACUACACUCAAACAAAAUAUAUGAAUGUUUUAAGCAUUCCAUUACAUUAUGGAUUCACAAGGUCAAUAGAAACAGAUAAAAAUGAAAAAAUGAAAAAAGUAAUAUAUACCACUCCUUGCGGAUGUAAAAUAAGAGAUGAACACACAAUGUACAAUUAUUUAAAUGCGACAGGAUAUGGUAAUAACCAAAUGACUAUCAAUUUAUUUAAUUUUGAUUGUUUGAUAAAUCCGUUAUCUUCGUUUAAUGUACCCAAAGAAUAUAUUCGCGUACACGACAUAUCUUAUGAGAUGGAAUUCAAAACAAUAAGCGUUGCCAAUAGUUUAAAUGAUUUGGUACCAAAAAACAUGAAGUAUAUAACAGAACGCAAACCUACCCCGGGUGUUAAUUUAAAUUUAGACUCAAAAUUUUUGUGUGGUUGCGAUUGUACUGAUAAUUGCCAAAACAAAACAAAAUGUUCCUGUUGGCAACUUACCUAUGAAAGCAAAAAGAAUUAUCCAAAUAUAUUUAAAGACACUAACAUUGGCUACAAUUACAAACGACUAUACAGUCCAGUGUAUACGGGUAUUUUUGAAUGCAAUAUCACUUGUAAAUGUGCAAAAACUUGCUUGAAUCGAGUUGUUCAGGAACCACUGAAAACUUCACUGCAAGUGUUUUUAACUGAAAAAAAGGGCUGGGGAGUAAGGACACUUGCUGAUAUUCCCAAAGGCACUUUUGUUUGUACAUAUGUUGGAGAGAUUCGUACAGAGAAAGAUGCCGAAAAUGAUGGCGCAAUAAACGGUGAUGAAUACCUGGCAGAUUUGGAUUUUCUCAAAACAGUUGAAGAGAUCAAAGAAGGAUAUGAAAGUUGUGUGCCUGAAGAGGAAAGUGAAAAUGAUAAUAGUUCAACUGAUGAAGAGUUUAAUCCUCCAAGUUAUUCCAAGAGUAAAAUGAGUAUUUUUGAAUCUAAAAUGUCAUUAAGGAAGAAUUUACAAAACAUAAAUACGAAAAUUGAUGGCAAACAUCAAUUGUCUAAGCUAAAUACCCAACAAAGAUUUAAAAAUAAACACAAAUCUAUGCUAGAAUACUUAUACAAAGACUGUGGCGUUUACACAUUGGAUGCUAAGGUCAGUGGGAACAUAGGUCGUUAUUUCAAUCAUUCCUGUGACCCAAACAUAUUUAUUCAGAAUGUUUUUAUUGACACUCAUGACCUUAGAUUUCCAUGGGUAGCAUACUUUGCGUUAUCAAAUAUUUCAGCUGGAACUGAACUAGCAUUGAAUUAUAAUUAUAUUGUAGGGAGUGUGCAAAACAAAAAACUGAAGUGUUACUGUGGAUCAAAAAAUUGCAAAGGCAGACUAUUAUAA